CUUUUUGUCUAAGAUGCUCCCGUAUAUCUAAACCCUAGACUUCAAUUAUAUCUCGCGGGUCUCCAGUUCAGGCAGAUUUCUAACGCCGCCCCAGGUAAGAAGAAGGAAGAAAAAGAAAUGGCAGUUCCAAAGCUUGAUAAGAAGAUUGUGAAGAAGAGAGUCAAGAAGUUCAAGAGGCCACAAAGCGAUUGGAAGAUAUGCGUCAAGGAAAACUGGAGAAGGCCCAAGGGUAUUGAUUCCCGAGUAAGGCGGAAGUUCAAGGGUGUAACUUUGAUGCCCAACAUUGGGUAUGGAUCUGACAAGAAGACCCGUCACUAUCUUCCUAACGGUUUCAAGAAGUUUGUUGUUCACAACUCCAAGGACCUGGAAGUUCUCAUGAUGCACAAUAGAACUUACUGUGCUGAGAUAGCACACAAUGUGUCCACUCGCAAAAGGAAGGAGAUUGUUGAGCGUGCUGCACAAUUGGAUGUUGUCGUAACCAACAAGUUAGCCAGGUUGCGUAGCCAAGAAGACGAGUAAGCGUAUGUUUCAAUAUCAUGAAUCACACCCCAGUUUUUCUUAGUUUUGAUGUUCGAGACUUUAUUUGGUUAUUACCUGAGAUCUUAUUUUUGUAUGCUCUAGUUUUGUUGCCAAGACUUUAAGAUCUAUGUCAGUAGUGAAAUUAUUAUUGCAAACAAAGUAUCCAUCGGUGCAUUAUCAUUUUAAUUA